AUGAGCGUCACCAUUUCCUGGGACAUGCUCUGCCAAGUCCAGCCCAGCCGCAUGUGCAAAGUGCCAGGAUGCACGUCGUACGCGCGGCGUCGAGGCCGGUGCUCGCGCCACGGCGGCGCCAAGCCGUGUGCUGUGCACGAGUGCCAUACGCCCGCGCAGACUGGCGGCUAUUGCCGCGCCCACGGUGGCGGCAAGCACUGCAAGGUGGCGGGCUGCGAUGCGUUCGCACGCUACCAAGGCUGCUGCUCUCGCCACGCCGCACCUCGGGAGCCGAGCGACCCCACUCUAUAGCCUGAA